UCAGGGUUCAGAGGAGGAGGAAAAUUUCAACGGCUUGAGCAAAAGAAAGAAAAGGGGGAAUGUCAGGGGGAAAGGCGAGGGAAUGCGGAUGAACUCCGCCAGGGAGGCAGGGGCCCCUCUAAAGGGCUGCAGGAAGGAGAAGGCGGGUUUGGAGCCAAACCUGCGUUGGCUCCCCUGCUGGCCACUGGCCAGCUCUGUGAGCCGGUGGGUCUCCGGGGCCUGCCUGGAUUGGGCUGGCACCUAACCUUGAGUGUUGUCCCAGGGACCGGAUGCCUGCCAUAGCGCUCUCCACCCAGGAGGAAGGCGAGGGGGUGGUGAGCUCCAUAUCGCUGCCCAGACAUCCCCUCAGGCCCCCACCUCCUCAGGGACAGCCAGGUGCGGAUGAUGGAGAACACGGUGACCCAUGCGGAGAAGUACUUCGGCCAGUUGUGCUCGCUGCUGGCUGCCUACACCCGGAAGACCGCCCGGCUGCGGGACACGGCCGACCGGCUUGUCCUGCAGCUCAUCGACCUCGCCAGCACGGAGGGCCCCGAGAUGCGGGCCACCCUCAGGGACUUGGCCGAGGACCUGGCCAAAGUGCAGGAUUACCGGCAGGCCCAGGUCGAGAGGCUGGAGGUCAAGGUGGUCAACCCCCUGAAACUCUACGGGGCGCAGAUAAAGCAAACUCGGGCCGAGAUCAAGAAAUUCAAACGUGUCCGGAAUAACGAGAUCAAACAGCUGGAAAAGCUGGAGAAACUGAGGCAGACGUCACCUUGGGAUAGGCAAACCAUCUCCCAGGCAGAGACCAGUGUGCAGAAGGCCUCGGGGGACACCGGCCGCACCACCCACCAGCUGGAGGAGAUGGUAGACACCUUCCAGAAGCAGAAGCUGGAGGACCUGCGGAAAAUGUUUUCGGACUUUGUGACUGUUGAGCUGGUGUUCCACGCCAAAGCGGUGGAGGUGUACUCCAGCGCCUUCCAGACCCUGGAGAACUGCGACCUGGAGAGGGACCUGGAGGAUUUUAGAGCCAGGAUGCGUGGAGUUUACGGGCGGCAUUAUGAUGCUCGGCUGCUCACGGAUCCCACUCCCUCUGCAGCUGUUCCGUGGUCUCUUUCUGGCCAGAGUGCUCAGAGUGCCAUCCAGAGCCACAGAAAAGAAGAGGAGGUGAGUGAGGAUGACUCUGGAGAGGAGGACCUGGAGGAGGGCCCCGGGGGAUGGGGCAGGCGCCCCACCAGCAGGACCAGAGCGCCCCGGUCAGAACACUAGAGGCCAACCCUGGACGCCUGGGGGCCCCUGUCGUGUGCCCUCAGCAAGUUACGUGUUCUCUGGGCUUCAGUUUUCUCUUCUGUACAACAGGG